AUGGAUUCGCCAACAAAGCUUUACCCAUCUUGCAGCCCAGAACCUUCUCAGAUGGCCAGUGAAGAGAAUUCCCAGGAAAGCUCAGCUGCCUCUCAAACUAUCUCUGAGGUAUUAAUAAACAACCUUAGUAAAUUGACUCUCGACCCUAGUAUCAAACUCCCUUCCCCUCUACCGGAAUAUCCACCCCAAAAGCAGGACAGCGAGAAGAAACCACAGGGGCUUGUGGACCGAAUACUCAGCAACAGGAAGAGGGGUAGAAUAAGGACUUUGUUAACUGCUCGGAAAGAAAGAACAGAAAGGCUGAUGUGGUUUAUUAAAAACCAUCACUACUUCAACCAGCAUUCCACGGAUGAAUCAAGAGUGGAAAGAUUUAGAUGUAUAUGUCACUAUCGCCUGUAUCAUAGAGAUCCUUCUGAGGAUACCAGCAUGGAGAAUAAUUAUGACAUGGAGUUGAUGUAAACAUAAACCUUACGAUACUGUUUUUUUUUUUUGCUAGUAAUUUUAGGAUCAGUAUGCAGCAGCUUGGGAAAGCUGCUCUGUUAAGACAAACUGUGUCAUAUUUUGAUAAUCUAUGAUAUAAACUCUGUUUUGUCUUUUCUACCUUGAUAACAGUAAUUUGUGAGGAAUCCUGUAGCUUGCAUUUGAACGACUUCAAUAUACUUUAGUUCCACUUUUUGAUAUGACCCAUGGAAGCACUAGUAGGUUUUGAGUGUUGCCUUUAUGUUUGAGAAGCCUGAAGUCAUGAAGAUAGGUUAACCUAACAUGGGGCUCCUGCAUGGCUCAGUUGGGUUAAGCAUCCAAUAGAGCUCUGUAGAAUAGGGCUCUGUGCUGGCAGCUGGGAGCCUGGAGCCUGCUUCAGAUUCUGUGUGUGUGUGUGUGUGUGUGUGUGUGUGUGUGUCCUUCCCCCACUCACACUCUCUAAAAAAUAAAAACAUUAAAAAAAAAAAAAAAAAAAGAAAACCUAACAUCAAAUUGGAAGCCAAGUAACUUGUGCAGGAGGAAUAUAUAGAGAAUACUGGGUGGUUUGGCUAGAGCAUAAUUAUAAUUAGGGCAGGGUGCAUAGGCUAGAUUUUCUGUUUUUAAAAACUUGGAUUGUAACAA